CAUCUUUGCGGCUGAGGAUUGUGGAAAAAUUCAGUAUGUUCUAAACUUUUUCUCUCUACCUUAUUUGCUUCUCUGAAAGUUCUAUAAUGUCAUCAAUGGCCUUAUUCUCAGCUCCUCCACCCCACUUCCCAACUCUCUCUCCUCCAAAACCCGAUUUAACUCACAAACCAUAUCUACUUUUAACUCUCAAGAAACCCCAUUUCUCCUUUAGAGCUGUUGAUGAUGUUUCUUCUGGUAUUACAGCUACUUCAGCUGUGACUAUUGAGCAAGAAAAAACUGAGGAGUCUAAUGGGGUGGCUUUGAACUCAAAUGGGUCACUGCCGGCGGUUUCCGCCGGAGCUCCGGCGACGGAGGAGGGAGUGAGGAAGUUUCAGGAUAGUAGAUGGGUUGGUGGGACUUGGGAUUUGAAGCAAUUUGAGAAAGAUGGGAAGAUUCAUUGGGAUUCUGUUAUUGAUGCAGAGGUUAGGAGAAGAAAAUGGUUGGAAGAUAACCCAGAGUCAUCAAGUAAUGAAGACCCUGUGCUUUUCGACACCUCAAUUAUUCCUUGGUGGGCAUGGAUGAAGAGGUUUCAUCUUCCUGAAGCAGAACGUCUCAAUGGUCGUGCUGCAAUGAUUGGUUUCUUUAUGGCCUAUUUUGUGGAUAGCUUGACUGGUGUAGGCCUCGUCGAUCAAAUGGGAAACUUCUUCUGCAAAACACUAUUGUUUGUAGCUGUAGCCGGUGUUCUUUUGAUCCGCAAGAAUGAGGAUAUAGAAACUAUCAAAAAGUUGGUCGAAGAGACUACUUUCUACGACAAACAAUGGCAAGCAUCUUGGAAAGAUGAGACCUCAAGCGGUUCGAAGGAGUCUUGAGAUUGUUCUUCGUAUAACAUUAGUUCCCAUUUUCUUGAAAUAAUCCGCUAAUUCAUCUAUGCUAGUAGUCAGAGGAGAAUAUGUUAUAUCAUAUUCUCCAUUUUGUUGUAGUGCUCAGGCUGCCAUGUUGGAAGGGGGCCUUAAAGUUGCUUCAGUGCGACCUAUAGGUGACGGGAUCGAGCUGUGGAAUCAGCCAUUGAUGCUUAAGAUCAGGUUAGGUUAUCUACAUCACACCCCCUUGAGGUGCGGCCCUUCCUUGGACCUUGCGUAAACGCAAGAUGCUUCGUGUACCAGACUGCCAUGUAUUUUUUUUUCCCUUUCAUGUUCUAUUUCUGAGCAAUGAUUCUUAAUGUUAACUUUUUUUGUCUUUGUUGUGAGCUCUUUUUGCUGAUCUUGUAUACUAACUCUCCAAUCCUUUUGACAGAAUCAAUGUGAAGAAUUGGUCAAUUCACUUGUA